AUGGCGGAAGGAGGCAAAGGUGGCGAGCCCGGGCCCGAAGAGGGCCCGGUGUCAAAGCCCGCCUCGUCAUUCGAGGCGGCCGGAGGCCGGCUGAGGUUCACGAUAGAGCUCAAUCCGGAAGAAACGACCAUCGUUUCGUGGAAGAAGCUUGUCAGGGAGGCCAAUUUGAGCAUGUCUGGUGGGCCCGGCCCGUCGGUGUCAGGGCCCGGAAUCCAACCUCAGCCCGUGUCUCAGCCUCCGCCUCCGCCUCCAUCUCUACCGGCGGGGGCUGCUUCUUUCGAGCCACCCGCCGUGAAAGAACAGAGGGAUCCUCAAGGGCAGGCCGGGUCGACCCGUUUGAAUUCGGUGAUUGAGAGGAUUGAGAGAAUGUAUGCGGGAAGUGGGAGCAGUGAUGACGAAGAUGUUAGGCUAGACAAUGUGCCGGAUGAUGAUGAAUAUGAUACUGAUGAUUCCUUCAUUGAUGAUGCUGAAUUGGACAACUAUUUCCAAGUUGAUAAUUCGGAAGUUAAGCAUCAUGGAUUUUUCGUGAACCGUGGGAAGUUGGAGCAUGUUGAACCUAAUUCCUCUAACCAGCAGCCAAAAAAGAGGAGACACAAAGAUUUGGUAAAAGGGCAGAAUGAGAGUGAUGAUGGACGUAACCAAAAUAAAACUGCGAAAAGGGGAAAUAAAGGUAAAAAAACAUCAUCAAUGAUCCAUACAAGCUCGACCAACGUGCGUGGUGAGGAUAUACAAUUUCAGGCUGCACCUUCAGAUGCUGCUGAAAUUUCAAUAAAGAAAAAAGCUUCAGAUUCCCAUGCUACAGAACGUUCUUCAUUAUUGUUGGACGGUGGUGCUAUCAGGCAGAGUAUGGAUAUUGAUGGGCAAAGGCUUGAAAUCCUCUCAUCAAAGAAACAUAGUAGCAAACUGAAAGAGAGGGAACCUCAUGAUGCUGCAACAUAUAGGUCAAAUGAUAAGAGCUCCUAUGCAAGCAAAACCCAAUCUGGGAAACAACCAAUUAAUGUCGAUUAUCUAGACCGGCCAUUUCAACAAAAAGAAAAAGGUGGACCUGCAGAAAACCUUAACAUCCUUUCAAACAGGGAAUCCAUGCCAACUAUGAAGGCUGCUCUAAUGCCUAGAAAUGAUGGAUCUACUGUUCAGACAAAGACUGCAAAUCUCGAGAAGGCUAUUAGGGAGCUAGAGAAGAUAGUUGCAGAAUCCAGACCACCUACUGAAGUCCAGGGUGAUGAUAAUACUUCUCAGGCAGUCAAAAAGAGAGUGCCGCGUGAAAUAAGGGAUAAGCUGGCGGAAGUUGCUAGUUUUGCGCAGGACAGCAAUGGAGAAAUACCAGUGGAUUUGAUCAAUCGUCUGAUGAGCAUUGUUGGCCACUUGAUGCAACGUAGAACCCUGAAGAGAAACCUUAUAAUCAUGGCUAAUGCCGGAUUAUCUGCUAAACAAGAGAAGGCUGACCGAAUAGAGAAGAUAAAACAAGAGGUUGCUGAGAUGGUUAAGCAGCGGAUUCCAUAUAUGAAAUCAAAAGCUGAGCAGCUAGCUGCAAAUUCAGAUGAUUUUCAGGAAGCUGGUCCAGAAGUGAAAGAAGUCCUGAAACGCAAAUACAGCAUGGAUGAUGCACUGGGAAAUAAGAUUUGUGAUUUAUAUGACCUUUAUGUUGAGAGAAUAGAUGAGGAUUCAGGUCCACCAAUCAGAAGGCUGUAUCAAGAGCUUGUGGUAAUGUGGCCUAGUGGAUUUAUGGAUACUGAUGGAAUCAAACGUGCUAUAUACCGAGUGAAAGAAAGGAGGGGUCUGGGCAUCCCGGCAAAGGAUCGAGAGAAAAGCAAGAGCCAGAAAGUCUUGCCUCCAAAACAAAAGGACGCCACUAAUGUCUCUCAAUCCUCACAUACUCGCGAAAAGCCACUCUCAGAUUCCCUUUCUCCUUUGACCAAGAAACCAACCUUCAGCGCUCGUAAACCAGUUGCCUUAGCACACGGCCCAAAAGCCGACAAAAGAAAGCAAGAGAAGGCAAAAGGAAGUUCCAGUGGCAAUCCUCCUGUGGAUGCAGUGGCAUCAAAUUCGAUGCCGAGUAAAAAACUGAAAAAGAAGCCGAAUUUGGAGGCUUUAGAGACUCAGGUUCGGCUCGAGAAGCUGGCGCUGUCAAAGGCGGACGAGAGGCCCAAACUACAGAAGCACGCGGCUCAGAGUAGUACCUCUAAGUUUGCAUAA